GGGUCUUCCCUUUUCCCCGGGUGUUCUCUUCCGGGUCAUAGCUUGCUUCCGAGUGUGUCUAACAAGGCCUGUCUCCGUUUCCGUAGUUUUCAGUUCCACCCGUCCGCGGCCUCUUCUCGGACCUCCGCCCCCUCCUUUUGUGUGUUUCCAGCUUUCUCCUUUUCCACUUCUUUGCUCUCGAAUCUCGUUACUUCUCGGAACAAGAAGGAUUGGUGCUCUCCGCUGAUCUCCCGGCAGAUCAAGAGAACCUCUGUGGCUGGCACCGCGGCCCUACUGCCCCGGGUGGACCUGGGACCCCGCCCGCCGCCGCGUCCUCCACCGCCACAGUCACCUCAGUCUCAUCUUAUUCCACCUCCGCCGCCUCUCCCCCUGCUGCCGUCGUCUCGGCUUCGGCCCUCGAGGGUCCCGGGGCGAUUGGUGACGGUGACAGUUCACUUCCCUGAGGACUACUGUAACAAAAUACAUGUUCACGUAAAGUGAACAAGAGCAUGUUCCCAAACUCCUCAAACUUGGGUCGUCCACCCUUCCAUCCAAAGUAUCAACAGCCCAGUAACUUCUUCAAACUUCCCCUCAACCUAUCCCCAACUCUUUCUCACCAGCAGAUUGUUGAUGCCCAGUUCAGCUGUCAAAAUGUAGAUCUACCAAGAACUCUCUUAAGUGGGAACCUUUCACCUAUCCCAACACAGUCGUUAUCUUAUGGAAAUGGAAGUCCAAUCCGAACAUCAACUUCAACUUCUCCAGUAUUCCGAGGAAGGAAGAGAUUAAGCAAUGAACAAAAUGUUUCCCUUGAUGUUAAAAGGCAGCGGUUUCAUUCACCUUAUCACGAUUCAACAGUAGCUAACCAAACAGUGCCUUUACCAGAUGAAAGAAGAUACUCAGCACCAGGAUCAGUUACUCCACCAUUGUUGCAUGUGAAUUAUGCACCAGAUUUAGUCAGAUCUGUUCCACCCUUUCGAGAGGCACCAUUUUUGGAACCUAGAGAAAUUACACUUCCAGUGGCCAAAGAUAAGUUGAGUCAGCAGGUUUUGGACUUAUUUCAAGUGUGUCAGCAGCAAUCGUGUGAUUUGAAGAAGAAAGAACUCUGUCGAACACAAUUGCAGAGAGAAAUUCAACUGAUAUUUCCACAUAGCAGGCUCUUCUUGGUUGGAUCCUCAUUGAAUGGGUUUGGUACAAGGAGCAGUGAUGGUGAUUUGUGCCUGGUUGUUAAGGAGGAGCCAGUAAAUCAGAAGACUGAAGCAAGGCAUAUACUCAGCUUAGUCCAAAAACAUUUCUGUACUAGACUUUCAGGCUACAUUGAGAGACCUCAGCUGAUUCGAGCAAAAGUGCCAAUUGUGAAAUUCAGGGAUAAAGUCAGUUGUGUGGAGUUUGACUUGAAUGUAAACAAUAUUGUGGGAAUAAGAAACACAUUCCUCCUCAGAACCUAUGCAUAUCUUGAAAGUCGAGUUCGUCCCUUAGUACUGGUGGUUAAGAAGUGGGCAAGUCACCAUGAGAUAAAUGAUGCCAGUCGUGGCACGUUAAACAGCUAUAGUCUUGUAUUGAUGGUUUUGCACUAUUUACAAACCCUACCUGAACCCAUCCUUCCAUCCCUCCAAAAAAAUUACCCAGAAUCCUUUAGUUCUUCUAUGCAGCUGCACCUUGUACAUCAAGCUCCAUGUUCCAUUCCUCCCUACCUCUCAAAGAAUGGGUCAGCUCUUGGGGACCUGUUACUAGGCUUUCUCAAAUAUUAUGCAACAGAAUUUGACUGGAACAGCCAAAUGAUUUCAGUUCGUGAAGCCAAAGCCAUUCCAAGACCUGAUGGUAUUGAGUGGAGAAAUAAAUUCAUCUGUGUAGAAGAACCAUUUGAUGGAACAAAUACAGCCAGAGCUGUGCAUGAAAAGCAGAAAUUUGACAUGAUCAAAGAUGAAUUUCUAAAGUCAUGGCACAGAUUGAAAAGCAAGAGAGACUUGAACAGUAUACUACCUUUAAGAGCUACUAUGCAGAAAAGAUAACUGGCUUCUAAUCAAUUCCUAAUCACUUCUGAGAAAUAAAGGACAUUAUUAACACCUCAA